ACGGAAUAGUACAUUUGUUUUUCGGUAGUAUCUUUCUAUGCUGUCCCACUCUAAAUUCUCUUCUCUUUCUCUCUCUAGAAAAAUAAAUAAAACCUCAAUUUUAGGCAACACCCGCGCUCUCUCUCUCUCUCUCAAGCCUCAUUCUCCCAUCAUUCUUCUUCUCCACAUAUUAAUUCUUCUUUCUUUCUGGGGAUAUGUCGGCCUAAAAUUAAUUUUCUUGAAUUCUUUUUUCACAUCUAGUCAAAUUUUGCGGUUUCGCUGUUUAAAUCGUGCGAUAUACGUAUUAUAUGCAUGAAAUUGUUCCCUUUUGUUAGUAUCUUUUGAUUUGGGCCUAGGGAUAUGUGAAACAGUUAAUUUCUUCUGGGCAUCUUUUAUUUCUUGUUUUUACUUGAAGAAAGAUUUGUUUUAUCCUUUUGGGUUUGAUUUUCUGUUAAGAAGAAUGUUUAUGGAUGGUGUUGGAGUCGGUCUUUGCGAUUAGAAAAAUAUUAGGGGUCGUUUUCUUAGGGUUUACUUUUAAAUCUUUUCUUUCUGGGCAUUUUCCCCAGCUCUUGCUGGCUGGCUCUUGAAAAGUCAAAUUUUUCUUUUUUAAUUCUCAUGGAUUAUUUGUCCUCUCUUUUAUAUGAAUCUUAUUGGUUUAGAAGUCCACAUUGGAAUUGACUUCUUUGUUUUACCUAUUCCUAUUUGUAUUAGAAUUCCUCUUAUAAAAGGCAAGUUAUCAGAGUUUUCGUUGUUCAAAAUUCGGAGAUUAAAAGUUUAAGGCUUGAUAUUGUUGCUGAGUUUUGGGCAACAUGGAUACAAAUACGAACGAUGAGUUGAAGGGCAUGGAAAAUAGUAGUAUUAACAACUUGUCGGAGAAGAGUGUAGGAAGCAUUAGCAGCAAAGAUAUGAUUUUUCGGGCUGAUAAGAUCGAUCUCAAGAGCUUAGAUUUGCAGCUUGAGAAGCAUCUGAGCAAGGUUUGGUCUAGGAAUUUGGAAACUCAGAGCAGCCAAAAGCCUAGAGAGGUGUGGGAGAUCGAUCCUACUAAGUUAGAAAUUCGAUACCUUGUGGCUCAGGGAACCUACGGCAUAGUUUACCGGGGAACUUAUGAUGGUCGGGAUGUUGCAGUUAAGCUGUUGGAUUGGGAGGAUGGCACGAAAACAGCUGCAGAAGCUGCUGAGAUUCGAGCAUCAUUCAAACAGGAGGUUUCUGUUUGGCACAAGCUCAACCAUCCAAAUGUCACAAGCUUUGUUGGCGCAUCAAUGGGGACUUCACAAUUGAAAAUUCCUCCAAAAAACCCAUCCGAGGGUUAUACGAAUCUUCCACCAAGGGCAUGUUGCGUUCUGGUGGAAUUUCUACCCGGAGGCACGUUGAAGAACUACUUAUUCAAGAACCGAAAAAAGAAGCUUCCCUUUAAAGUUGUGAUCCAACUUGCUCUGGACCUCUCAAGAGGGCUAAGCUAUCUGCACGCGCAAAGGAUUGUACACCGUGAUGUCAAAGCGGAAAACAUGCUUAUAGGUUCUCAAAGAACACUGAAAAUCGCUGAUUUUGGUGUCGCUCGUGUUGAAGCUCAGAACCCGGGGGACAUGACUGGUGAAACCGGAACUCUAGGCUACAUGGCUCCCGAGGUACUCGAUGGGAAGCCUUAUAACCGGAAGUGCGAUGUGUACAGCUUUGGUGUUUGCUUGUGGGAAAUAUAUUGCUGUGAUCUACCUUAUCCUGAUCUUAGCUUUGCUGAUAUUUCAUCAGCUGUUGUUAAACAGAACCUACGGCCGGACAUCCCUCGUUGUUGCCCAAGCUCUCUUGCAAGCAUCAUGAAACGGUGUUGGGAUGCGAACCCGGAGAAACGGCCAGAGAUGGAUGAGGUGGUGAGGUUGCUGGAGUCGAUCGACACGAGUAGAGGCGGCGGCAUGAUACCGGAAGACCAAUUACCAGGGUGUUUCUGCUUUGCUCCGAGUAGGGGGCCAUAAGAGAUUGCCCUCUGUUUUUCAGCCAUUACAAAACUUGUCAAGAGGUGAUCGAUUUCUUCGUUUCUUCGUUUCUUUGUCUAUUUGCCUUCAUUGUGGGGCAUUUCCUUUUUAUAACGAGGAAAAAUACACAGCUGUAAUUUAUUAUUGCAUCAUCCAUGAAUCCAAUGUUCGUCUAUUUUGUAAAUAAUGGGCUAAAUUUGUAAACUCACUUUGAACUCGACGUCAUUGAGUAUUUAGAUUAUGAAAUGUUUUCAAGACUCAAA